AUGGCCAGCAAGGGCUUGCAGGACUUGAAGCAGCAGGUGGAGAAGGCGACGCAGGAAGUGGUGACAGCAACUGGAGCAGCAGCACAGCAAGUGGUGGAUCAGGCCACAGAGAUCGGGCAGAAAGCCAUGGACCAGGUGUCCAAGUCCACCCAGGAAACCAUGGACAAAACUGCUAACCAAGCUUCGGAGGCCUUCUCAGGUUUCGGGAGAAAACUGGGGCUCCAGAAAUGA